AUGAGAGCCCAACUUUUUUUCAUCGCCUCCGUGGCUUGUGUUGUGCGCGGUCUACCGACAUUCGACGGUAGCAAAGACAUAUGGUUCACCUUCCCGGGAUUCUUUCCCACCUUCGAGUCCUCAUUGCCCAUUGGCAAUGGCCGCGUUGCGGGCUCUAUCUACGGUGGUGCCUCCGAGGUCAUUGGCGUCAAUGAGAACUCCAUCUGGUCCGGACCGUUCCAGGACCGAAUCGCAUCCACGGCUGCUUCGGCGGUGCCUGUUGUGCGCAACAUGCUCCUCGCAGGCAACCUAUCACAGGCGAGGGCAUACACCUACGAACACAUGAUCACGAGCGUGACCAGCCCGCGCUCCUACAGCUAUUUUGGCAACAUCAACAUCGAUUUUGGGCAUGCGGGGAAGACCAUGACGAACUAUGUGAGGUCGCUUGACACGCGACAAGGUGUUGUUGGUGUGCAAUAUACGAUUGGGGGAGCCACAUUCUCGCGCGAGUACAUUGCAAGCUACCCAGCCGGAGUAUUGGCAGCACGAUUUAAAUCCAGCCAGAAAGGAACUCUAAAUAUGACGAUUACAAUGACGGGAAACAUCAAAAUACUCUCGCUCGUACCUUCUGCCGCCGCCAACAAUAUCAGUUUGACUCUUCGUGGAUCGAGUGGCCAAUCCGUUAGUCCUAUUCUGUGGACCGGUCAAGCCCGUUUGGUUCCAGAUGCAGGAGCCACUGUGUCCGUUUCAGGGCAAAACCUCGUCAUUACCAAGGCGACUCAAGUCGAUAUGUUCUUCGACACCGAGACCAGCUUUCGCUACACCAGCCAGGCCGCUUGGGAAGCUGAAAUGCUUCGUAAAAUCAACGCCGCAGUGGGGUUGGGCUAUGACUCAGUCAAGAAUGCGGCCACUCGGAUUUCCGUUGCCCGAAACACGUCACAGGAUUUGCAACUCAGCACCCUUGUCUUCAACUUCGGUCGCUAUCUGCUUGCUGCUUCAUCCCGCCCGAGUAACGAUGGGUCGAUUACACUUCCAGCAAAUCUGCAGGGUAUCUGGAACAACUCCACGGCUCCAAUAUUCGGGAGCAAGUACACGGUCAACAUCAACAUCGAGAUGAACUACUGGCCAGCGGGACCAACGAAUAUGGCGGAGACGGAGCUUCCGCUCUUUGACUUGAUCAAGAUAUCAAUUCCAAGAGGGCAAGUUGCCGCACAGCGGAUGUAUGGUUGUCCAGGGACGGUAUGGCAUCAUAACCUCGACUUGUGGGGCGACCCUGCGCCAACGGACAACUUCACGGCGAGCACGAUGUGGCCGUUUGGCUCAGCGUGGUUUGCUUGGCACGCGAUCGACCACUACCGCUUCACCCAGGACAAAACAUUUUUGCAGAACGUCGCGUAUCCGUUCUUGACGCAGGUCGCCGCGUUCUACGAGUGCUAUGCGUUUGCUCACGACGGGUUCAACGCCACUGGCCCAUCCCUCAGUCCAGAAAAUACGUUUGUUGUUCCGUCGAAUGAGAGUGUUGCUGGCGCGGGCGAGUCUGUCGAUAUAGCGCCUGCGAUGGAUGGCCAGCUAAUGACCGAAAUUUUCGAAGGCCUGUUGGAGGCUGCAUCAGCGCUUGGGAUCGCCAACUCGGACCCUGCUGUUGUGGCCGCGCGAAACUUCUUGCCCACGAUUAAACCGCAGCAAAUUGGGUCGCUUGGACAGAUCCUUGAGUGGCGGCAGGAAUAUACGGAGGCGGUCCCUGACAACCCGCAUUUAUCACCACUUUGGGCACUCAUGCCGGGCCGGGCGUUCUCCCCUCUAGUAAACAACACGCUUUCGAAGGCCGCGCAAGUUGUGCUAGACAAACGCGUGGCGAGUGGGUCGGGGAGCACUGGCUGGAGCAGAACAUGGCUGAUCAACCAGUACGCGCGCGCUUUUCGUGCGAACGAUGCGUGGAUGCAUUUAGGCCAGUGGCUGGCGCUGUUCACGCCCUCUUUUAGUCUCUUCGACACCUGGACCGCCACAAACCCUAUUUUCCAGAUUGACGGAAACUUUGGCUUUGUGAGCGGCGUCGCGGAGAUGCUGCUGCAGAGUCAUGUUGGCAUUGUGCAUUUACUUCCUGCGUUGCCGGGUAGCGCUGUGCCGACUGGAUCGGUCAAGGGGCUGGUUGCGCGGGGAAACUUUGUGGUCGAUAUUAAUUGGAGCGGUGGCGGAUUCGCUAGCGCCAAUGUUACGAGUCGCAGUGGCGCUCAGCUGGCAUUGAGAAUCGCAGAUGGGACAGGCAGUAUCCUGGUCGAUGGGGCGGUUUACAAAGGGCCUUUUGCGACGACUGUAGGUAAAACCUAUGCGGUUACGCUUGCAUAG